AUGGACUGGUAAAUAUAUGAAUAGGCAUUGGCUUUUUAAGGUGUUAUCGGGAAGGGAGUUCUAAUCUUGUGAUGCUCUUAAGUAAUGUGAAGUAGAGAUUUGGGAUCAUUAUGAUUGCCUAUUAACUGAAAUCUAACUAUUCACAUGUCAGUGGUUCGUCGAGCAGUUCAAGUCGCUCAAGUAGUGGAAGUUCACGAAGUUCCAGCAGUGGUAGUUCUGGGAGCAGUAGUUAUUCCUCAAGCACUUCAAGAUCCAGUUCCAGCUCAAGUUCCAGUGGGGGCGACAAGAAAGGCAAAGGUAGGUGGAACCUUCUUGCAAGUCAUUUGUCAAAGUUUCAUUCUGAACUACCUGAAAAAGUUUCAAAACACUCCAGAAACACAAAUUGUAGACUGUAUAGAAUAUUACCAAAAUGCUUCUUUUCACUUGAAAAAAAGUCAUGGUUUUUACGUCAAAACACUCAUGAAUGUCAAUACAUUCCUAACAUUGUAACAUCAUGGGAAUAGCAACAUCUGAUUGGUCUGUGUUACGUCUCCAUAACAAAUAGCAAAACUCCCUUUUCAAUUAGCAAAACACCCUUUUCAAAUAGCAAAACACCCUUUUCAAAUAGCAAAACACCCUUUUCAAAUAGCAAAACACCCUUUUCAAAUGGCGAAACAUCCUUUUCAAAUGGCAAAAUGCCCUUUUCAUAUAGCAAUUAAUUAUUUCAUAUAGCAAUUAUUUCAUAACAUAAUGUACACUAUCUUAAGCUAUUUACACAAAUCAAUUACGAAACAUAAUACAUAGUACAUACAAACUAAAGCAUUCACUUGCAUCCUUGCGGGAUAGUAAACUUAUACUGCAAUACUAAUAGUCCAAUUUUGCCAACAGUUAACUCCAAAAUGAUUAAAUUACAAUAAAUGUAAACUGUAAACUAUUAGUUGAACUCCAAACAAUUGAUUGAAAAUAUGUGUCUGCACCAGAGUGUUUAUAUAGGUCUGGUAGACUGGGCAAGAGCUCAUAAAACUAUACUAAAUGACGUAUCAUCACAGUAGGGGUUGCUUGCAAAAUUGCGUGCCCAACGUCCUGGGGCAACCAAAAAUUUGUGUCGGGCAACUAAAAUCUCUUGACUAAUGACCCAACGGGCAACCACACUUUUGUGUUUUGAAUCGACAAUGUCAAUGACAGUAGUAAUCCAAGCAUGGGAGGUAAGAGUAUUUGUAACACAGUAGCAGUUGUAACUUGUUAACAGUUAAAUAAACACCGGUUUUGUUGAGGUUCAUUCAACUUCAUUUGUCUAUUUUUAUCUAAUUUAAUGUGGGCAAGUGAGAAAUGGCCUCGGGCAACCAAAUUGUGAGUGUUGGCUGCCCCAAGGGCAACCACUUUUUUCAAAAUUUUGCAAGCCCUGGGUGGUGUCAAAUUGUCAUUAUGGGGGAUUUAUGGCCAAGACAAAAAAAUUGCCGUACAAGUCAAAGUGCUGCCGACCUUUUUGCCUAUGCCGGUUUAUUAAUAUUGCAAGGAGUGUUAAGCUGCAAAGCGCCAUACUUUAUUAUUAUGAUAAUCUUAUUCAUCAAGAGGAAACUCAGGCAUCAAUACAUCCAAGUUAACACAACUAUGUUACCUACACCAUUUCAGUUCGUACUAAAUCGUCAGUGAAACAAGCAUCCGCAAAAGAAACAAAAAAAACUGAUAAAGUUCCCGAGAAAAAACUUGAACCGAAGCCUGAACCCACCCCAGAAAAGAAACCCGAACCGGUGGAACCUAAACCCGAACCCAAGGCUGAACCCAAAUAUUCCCCACCUCCCAAGAAGUCACCCACCCCUCCCCCUAUCAUACCUCCAAAGAGGCCAUCACCCUCGCCCCCUAGAGAAAAAACCCCGCCCCCCAAACCGAAAGUUCCAUCGCGUUCACGAUCUGUAUCAAACGAGCGUAUCCGACCAGCAGUUACCGAACGACCCAAACCACCGAGACAGUAUCGAUCACGGUCGAGAUCUUCAAGCCCAGGCGGCGCUCGUAACCGAAGUCGAUCGCCAUCCGACUCCAGGUCAAGGUGUGUUUAUGUACUUUGUGUAGGCAUGUUUCAUAAUUAAAGCCUGUUUUAUACGUCGAAUUUUGGUCGCGUCGAAUGCAAUUAAGACAAUAGAUAAUGAGAUGAUAAAGCUCAUUAAGCUUCAUUAUCUAUUGUUUGAAUUGCAUUCGACGCGACCGAAAUUCGACGUAUAAAACAGGCCUAAGGUUACAGAACACCUUUGAGUGUUAAUUUUGCCUAAAAUUUUUUAUUGGUUUCAAUGAAAGCAUUAGACUAGUUCUACUAUCUGACCAAGUUUGAACGAAAAAUGUUGAAAACUCGCAGAGUUAUUUAGUAAAAUACAUUUCGCUGCAAUAAGAAAAACAUUGAAAAUGUAAUAUUCAAAUUCAAUUUUCUCACGAAAAACUUUACGGUAAUUACUGAUUUUCAAACGAGUUAUGCUCCUGCGGGUUUUAACCAAUUUUUCUCAAAUUUUCACAGGACAUAGCUAAAUACGUCAGUUUCAAAAUUGUGUUCGGCUUUUAUUUAAUUUUGGAUAUUUUAAAAAUAAAGAGCAAUUCACUCAAACAAUUCAGAAAUAUGUUGCAGUCAAAGAAAUCGCCAUAUCAGCGGAAUGACGAAAUAAACAAGAAUUUCCGAACACAAUUUUUUAGAACAACUAUUUUACUGUAUAAAAAUGAUAUUUUCAUAAAUAUAACUUAAAACCAGCAGGAGCACAACUCAAAAGCGUAAAGGUACCGCGAUUUAAGAUUUUCCUGAAUAAUUCUUACAUUAUUUUAUUGUUUAUCAAUUUUACAACUUUACCAUAUUUUGCAUGCACUGCAGGAGAAAAUUUGGUGAAAAUUUGAUGAAAAUCGGACUGAUAUUGAGCGCGCAGUAGCGAUUCUCCGCAAAACGCCAAAAAGGGUGUCCUGUAACCUUAAUGACUAAAUUAAUGAUUUAUAAAUUAAUUGUUUGUUUUGUCGUUGGUGUACCAUAUUUAUUUGUAUAUUUUUAGACAGUUCAUAUAUCGACAAUUAAUGUUGGAAAUAAUUGUUAGUAAUAACACAUACGCGAGGGCCAUAAUUAUUAUUAUAAAUCAGAAAAGUUUGAUUUUCACGAUAUUUUGAUGCCAUCGUAGCAGAGCCUGAAAUAAUGUUCAAAAAUUGUCCGGAAAAAAUGUCCGACCGAAAUCAAACUUGAUCGUAAACUUUCAAAUUGGUCGGACAUUUUUUCUAUUUUAUUUUGAAUCCAUGCCUUUGUUGAGCAAAUUAAGCCAAUAUAUAACUAAUACUUUUACGUUAAACACUACACAGUUUUGUGUUCUUUGUGGGAUGAUUUGAUGCAACUUGUGAUUAAAUCAGUCAUUCAAAAAGUCUAGCUUUAUCCCGACAAAAUUUCCAAUCAAUUUAGCAUUUGGUCGGAAAUAUCUGAUGACUAAAGUUCGACCGUUAUUUCCGGCCCUGCUUAGCAACGUAAAUAUUGUUGAUGUUUGUGAUGUUACUCUGAGUGUAUAUCCACACUGGGCAAGCUUGAAAAAUAUGCCUGGCCACGGUGGGAAUCGAACCUACGACCUUUGGAAUACUAGCCCAAUGCUCUGCCAACUGAGCUACGCGGUCAGGUCGGUUCGAGUAAGUGAUAUUUCGGAACUGAGUCUAGUUCCUUCGAUAUCAAUAUUGUUAUUAUCAUCAGGUCAAGAUCAGCAUCACGAUCCAAGUCGCCACGAAAACGACGCAGCCCAAGCCCAAAAACCAAAAAAUUAUGUGUCAACCGUCUGUCACGCAACGUCACUCGUGAUCAUAUACUGGAAAUAUUCAGCGUCUACGGCAAAGUCUCUAGUGUCGACCUUCCUACCAAUAGGAACCUUGUCCACCCCGGCUACGCGUAUGUGGAAUACGAAGAGCACCCGGAUUGUGAGAAAGCGAUGAAACACAUGAACGGAGGUCAGAUAGACGGCCAGGAGGUUCUCGUACAGUUUGUGCUCAAUCAACGCAAUCGAGAGAUACGCCCCCGGAAAAACAGCCCCGUACGCAGACGCCCAUCUUGGAGACGUUCCCCACCUAGAAGAUCCCCCGGGCGUCGUUCUCCACCUCGCCGUUCACCCCCGAGAAGAUCGCCGGUUAGAAGGUCCCCAGUUAGAAGAUCCCCGGCACGAAGAUCGCCCCCCGCAAGAAGGUGAGUGAAUUUUUUGUUUGCAAUAACGUAAUUUUGGAUAACAAACAACGGCUAUUUUAAUGUAUUGAUCGAGUUUAGAGACAGUCUAAGACUCAAAAGAUGAAUUACCGUUCAGUUUUUCUUGCUACAACCAUUCUGAUAGGAGAAAAAUCAUCCACAAGUUGUUUGACUGCCCGUCAUUUGGAUGAAAAGUCACGUGAUUGCAAACAAAGAAUAUGUUACAUAUUUACCUAUGUUCCUAUGGACGUACACGACCAUAACACGAGACAGUCAGAAGACGAUUUGACAUUGCCUAAACCAAAAACAAAUAGUAUGAAAAAUGCAUUCUCCUAUAAAGGUGUGGAAGUCUGGAACUGCCUUUCUGCAUCGCUAAAAUCAUCGACAACUAUUGCUAAUUUUACGUUGAAACAUGCAAAUUAACAUCAAGUAAUCCUGCCUUUGUUUCUAUCUGUUUUAAAUAAUCUUCUUGUAAAUAAUAUAUUUUAUAUUUCUACUUGUGUGAGCACGGCCGGUUGGAAGAUCACCAUUCUUCUUUUUAUAUUGUGUACAUAAUUAUUUUUUAUUAGGUGAAAUUGUACCGUCUUAAAAUAUUGUUCAUAACAAUAAUAGUACUUUGCAAAGUAUUUCAACUCCAAAAUAUUUCACAGGUCAUCACCACCAAUAAGAAGAUCUCCUAUACGAAGAAGGUCCCCACCAGGAGGCAGAUCUCCCCCCGGAAGAAGAUCACCACCUCGAUCGUACAGACCACCAGCGAACCGUAGGAAAUCUCGCUCGCGUUCCCGCUCCCCCCGUCGUAAAGCAAGAUCUUCGUCCUCACGAUCUCCUUCCCGCUCGCCACUCAAAGGACGCAACUUCAAACGCAGAUCGUCCAGCAGUAGCUCAUCUUCGUCAUGA